AUGUGGUGUCGUGCGCUGGGCUUGCUGGCGCCCUUCGCAGCACUCGCAGCGUUUCAUCCCAAUCUUCAUGGUGCUUGGGAGUUCGUUUGGGAUGACACUGAGAACUUCAAUGAUGCACAGCUACGACGUUUGAAGUGGUCCAUCAGCAACGUUCAGUGGUGGUGUGAGAACUCUGUACUCAGAGUCUACGAACCGCUUGCAUUGGCUUUCAAGGCCACGGCAGCAGAGCUGGUGGAUCUCGAUCCGAAGAACCUGCACAUGUUGCAGGUGAUUUCUCAUGCUGUCUUGGCAUUUGUGGCCUUUCUGGGAACGAAGACCUUGACGGAGAAUUGGUCUACUGAGAGGCCUAGUCCUUCCUGGACGUCUUGUGCAGCUCUGGGAGCUUCAAGCUUUGCUGUUCACCCUCUAUGUGUGCAAGUUGUAUGUUGA